GUUUUUGGCUCAAUUGGACCUGGAGCUCAUGCGAGGGCCUCGCAACGGUGGUGUUGGCACAGGACUUCUACAGCGCAAUUGCUUUGCUGUGGCUCGGCAAGCGCAAAGUUUGGCUGUGGCCGUUCCUGGCUCGACAGCUGCGCCCGGCUGCCUGGGAGGUGCUACCUUGCCACCUCCGAACCACGCCUGAAUCCGUACAGCUUCUGCUGCUGAGGUGGGCACACAGCCAGAGCGGACAGUUCUUCGCUUUGCUACUUCCUGCAGAGGCUUCCUUUGCCACGCAGCAGAUCGUUGUCCAAGCUGUGCACGAUGCCGUUGACCAGGCAGGACCUUUGCCCUCGCCGAAGUGUCCGCUAUUGAUCCUAAUCUGCGGCGAGAACGCUUCGCAGGCCCACAUUGCCACGCAGCUGAUGCAACACCGCGUAGAGGCAUCCCAGCCCCCGACAGACGACCUGCCCGACAAGGUUGUCCAGCUGAUCUCUGGAAGUGGGGUUGGGGCCCCCUCCGUGCACGUCGGCCCGCAUUGUGGCUGCGGCAAAACGUUCUCCGUCAGGAUGUCUGCCCAGGAACAGGGAGCUAGCUAUCGGCAGCUGAAGCUAACUGCGGCAGUGGGCUUCGGGGCACUUGCGCAGAGUUUGCGGGGAGCGAUGGAAGGUGUUGAGGGCUCCGUUCUGUUGCAUCUGGACCUGACUGCUGGGCUGCCGCUGCUGAGCUCCGAGUCCUUCGCCGCUGCUCUCUUCGAGCUGAUCUUACUUGGCCGCGUUGCCCGCGUGGGUGCGCAGCGCAGAGAUGCUGUCUUCCAGCUGGAGAACAGGGUGAGGGUGGCGAUCGAGCUGCCAGCCGGAGUGGAGGAACCGGGUGCGAAGGCCUUCUGUGGGGACGAAGCCUCACUACGAGGAGGACUUGGUGAUGACUUCAACGCAGCAAGGCAUGAUGGCGUGCGUGACCCAAAUUUCGUGGUGAACGCCUACCAGCGUCUGCAGUACGUUUGUGGCGCUUUGGCGAUCAUGCGACGUUUGGGCGGGGCGUUCCCGUUGCAGUACGAUGGUGCUGCCUCGGAGCUCACUGGCGAGGAGUGUUUCCAAUUGCUGGUGGAGUACUCGAAGUUGAAGCUGCGGCCUUCUCUUUGGAACAUUUGGGCCUUCGUGGAUGUGUUGUACUGGCAGCUAAAGGAGGUGCAUCACCCGGAGUCCGUUGCCAAUCAAGCCUGCAUCCCGGAGGAGGGCGCUCCUGCACCAAAGCCUGUUGAAGAGUUACGUGCCCAAGACUGCCCAAUGUUCAAAGGCGAGUUGAUUGCCUUCAUUCUGCGCACAGCGCGCGACUUCGCCACCCGACAAACACGGAAUGACGAGGUGGAUCCUGAGACGGUGGUGGCUGCGCGCUUGCACAACUUCCAUCAGGAUCGGUUCUGUGGAACCUGGCGCCUUCAGCCCUUCUCCAGCGAUGGUCACCCAGUCUUUGCCAAGUACGACCGAAGCGAGAAAGGUUCCGGGCAGUUCUUCCUAUACUACCGGGCAGCUCAGCGCAUGUGGGUCAUUGAUGCUGAGCUGGACAAGGCCUCAUUGCUGCCCCACACACUGCCUUUGCUCUACUUUGUGUUUGCAUCAGGUGGCGCCAGCUUUCGCCUACACUCGAAAGCCCGAUUUUUCAAAAGGCUGGUGGAGGAUGGCCUCGUGGGUCGCUGGGCACCAGAAGCAAGACAGGCAGCACACAGGCUGCGUGUCUGGCUCUGCGCAUCCGUGGCCAUAAGGCCAGGCAUCCUGGAUCCUUCUCUGCUCUGCUGCAUUCCCCAUCCCGCUGACGAGGUGCGUGGCGUGGAUGAGCAGCUCACGGGAUCCGCCGAGGAGAAACCUCGCCGACAUCUCUUCUGGGACAAAGACAUGGACACGUGGUGCAUCGCCCAUGUUUGCCACUCCGACGAGGGCGUCUAUGCCAAAUCCUCGAGCCAUGACGUUGGGGGGCCUUAUGUAACCAUGGGCCAGGACGAGCAGGUGCCUUCAGCUCGUGUGACUUUCGUCAUGGCUGCGGAGGAAGUUGCUGCGGCUGCUGCUGCUGCAAGGCUUGUGGAGGACUUCCAGCUCCUACGCUGGGAGGACAGCAGCCAUGACUGCAUGCUCUUCUCCAACCGCAAGCACCAGGUCUGCUUCCUGUCCAGCCAGCCAACCAAGUUGAGAAUAUCCAUGCACCCUGGGCUACUUCAUCUGCUGGAACGCAACCAUGUCUCCGUUGGCGAGUCGUUGGAUGCUUUAACGGCCGACCACACCAAGAUCCUAGGCUGCCUGACGGGUGUUGAUCGGACAAGAGAGGACGCGGCGCAGCUCCUUGAUGGCAAGUACUGUCUCACAGGCGACGCAGUGCUCAAGAUGCUGGCCAUCUUCGUGCGUCUUCGAUGCGGCCUCCCUGUGAUCUUGAUGGGCGAGUGUGGAUGUGGCAAGACCGAGCUUGUCCGAUACCUCUGUGCCUGGCUCGGGGUGGAGCUGGUCACGCUCAAUGUCCAUGGAGGGACCACAGAGGCUGACAUUGACCGAGUGUUUGAUCAGUCUCGGAAGAUAGCAUGCGAGAACAUCGAGACGCGCGUGAUUGUCUUCCUUGACGAGAUCAACACAUCCCACCAUGUGAACAUGCUCUGUGAAGCCGUGCUCGAAAGAUCGCUACGUGGUUAUGCCCUGCCCUGCAAUGUGGAUGUCUUGGCAGCGCUGAAUCCGCGAAGGAAGCGACCACAGCAGCAGCUGACCACUGGCCUCGUCUUUGGUGGUCAGGGCAGUGCUGAGGAAGAGAUGAGUGGUCUGGUGUACCGUGUGCACGCGGUACCAGAGACAGUCAAUGACUUUCUCUUCGACUUCGGAGCCUUGACCCAGAAGGCAGAGAAGAUGUACAUCCGUUCCAUGGUACUUAAUGCUUGGCCCGAAAGCCACGAGCGCGAGCAGGAACUGGUGACCGAACUGCUCUGCUUAGCACAGGCCUUUAUCCGCUGGGAAGAGGGUGAUCCGUCUUCAGUCUCUCUGCGAGAUGUGAAGCGCUGUCUGCGAGUAGCCAAAUGGACGCAGGAGCGCUUCGGAAAGAAGGGAGCCAAGAACCAGCCCCACGUAGUAGCAGUGGCUCUUGUGUACAAUUACCGCCUACCCUCUCGAGACAGUCGUCACAACCUCUGGGUCGACCUCGCCCGUCGGGCGCCCUGGCCGGGCGACCGGGGGGAGAUGAAGGGCAGAGGCUGGGCGGAGCUCAGCAAGCUGCGCGAGGAGAACGGGCUCACAGCAAUGGAGAACAGACUCCAGAAGGUGCAAAACAACGUGGCAAAGGAGUUUGAGGUUGAGAAGGAUGUUGUGAUGAAUGAAGCGUUAGCGGAGAACGUUUUCGUGGGACUCUUGUGCAUCAUGAAUCGCAUCCCCCUUUUCAUCGUUGGCAAGCCAGGCACAUCCAAAACACUCUGCAUGCAGGUCUUGCUCAGCAACCUCCAGGGCAAGCAGUCCAAGUCAAAGUUCCUGCAGACAUUGCCGGCCUUACGCUUGAUGCAGUACCAGUGCUCGCCGCUUUCCACCGCGGAUGGCAUUCAGCGACAGUUCGACGCCGCGUCACGCUUUGCUUCCAAUGCCUUGGAUGCACAGGUGGUGCUGCUGCUGGAUGAGGUCGGCCUUGCCGAAUUCUCUCCAGAUAUGCCGCUGAAGGUCCUCCAUGGAAUUCUGGCAGAGCCUGGAAUCGUGUCUGUGGUAGGUUUGUCGAAUUGGCGGCUAGACCCUGCAAAGAUGAACCGCAGCGUUUGUUUGGCUCGACCAGACCCGGACUCCGCGGAGGUGGGUCGAACAGGUGCCGGUCUGCUCGCGGCUUUCAGUGGGGGUGCUUCGCCCGCUUGGUUGCAGGAGCUGUCUGGCGCAUUUUGGAGUGUGUUCGCGGACCAAGGUGAUCGAGACUGGCUGGGCAUGCGGGACUACUACAGCUUCGUGCGUGCUGUCCGCGAUGGAUGUCUGUCAGCCAAUGUGGAGCAGCCCACAGCGGAGAUCUUGGCAUUUGCUACACGACGAAACUUUGGAGGUCAGCCAGCCUUGCUGGAGAGGCUGCUUCACGCCAUGCUCCCUGCAGGUUCCAGAUGCAAAGGCGAGCGCCUUUCAUGGCCGUUGAAGGAGCUUCUGUGCUCUAGCCUGUCAGACAGGACCGUUCACAUGACGGAUGUGCUAAAGUUGUCUCAGGCAAGAGUUGUAGCUUGCACACAUCAAUUAAAUUUGAGUGCGGUUUGA